UUGCCCUUGUUAACCUUCCCUUCUUUCGCUUUGCGAUUCAUAUAGCCUCCCUCUGUCUCUCCGCCCAGCUUUCAGAUAAAGUUGUAGUAGUAGUUGCCUUGUCUCUUUCUCUCUCUCCAGAUCUCUCUCUGGUGGUUUGUGUUGUUUGUUUUCGGGUUUUCUUGAAAUUUAUUUCAAUUCUGAAUUUGGGGAUCUGGGAAAUCUAGGGUUCUUUGUAACGUAACCCCAAUGAGUUCAGAAGCGUUUCUAUGACACCGAUGCGUCGUAUUCGCCUGGUCCAUUCUUUCUCCGUUGCAUUCCUCUACUGGUUCUACGUUUUCUCAUGAACUAAUCGAAACCCAGAUCGUCGUUUCCUCAUUCCAAUUUCUCAAUUUCACCACAAUCCCCAAUUUUUCCAGAAACCCUAAUUUUUUUUUCUUUUCUAAAUUUGUUAAUUUCUUGAUUGAUUCUCCUCAAAAUGUCGUCGGUUCAGCGCCAAUCGAGCUCCGGCUCCGACGGAUCUGUGGUGGAUGACAAGAAGAGGAAGAAGAUGCAGUCCAAUCGCGAAUCGGCGCGGCGAUCGCGGAUGAAGAAGCAGAAGCGUGUGGAGGAGCUGACGGUGGAGAUCAGCCGGCUCCAGAUCUCGAACGGCCAAAUCCGGCAGAGCAUCGACGCCAAGGACAAAGCCUACAGCGAGGUGGAGGCCUGGAACAAUGUCAUGAGGGCUCAGGAGAAGGAGCUGACUGAUCGACUUCGCUACUUGGAGUCGAUUGAACAGACUUUUGUGGAGUUCAGCGGCGGCGUCUUCGAUGAGGACAUUAACGACAUGGCUGAGAUGCAUGACUCUCUGCUCAAUCCUUGGCAGCUUCCUUACUCGACUCAGCCGAUCACCGCUUCUUCUGCUGAUAUGUUUCUCGAUUGGCCAUAAUCAAUUGCAUUAGUCCCUUGCUUUUCGAUUGUUAGUGUUAUAUCAAUCGUUUCUGUUUUCGGGUCCGUGUUAGUCUAUGUUUCGUUUGUGUAUAGUGGUAGCUUGUUUCAUGUAAUCAGUAUCAUCCUUGUCUGUGUAAUCCAAAUGUGUGUUCAAUAACCUCAAGUCUUCUAUUGGUACCUGAUCGAUCAAUGUAGCAUAAUGUAUGGUGUUCGUUUAGGGUGUUGUAUUGUUUUGACUGUAAGGUUUGGUCUGAAUGGUAGAAGGAACCAGUUUUAUGUGGCUAUC